AUGAAGUUCACCAACAUCCUCUUCGCUCUGGUUACUUGUCUCACUGCUGCCAAGGCCGCGCCUAUGGACGAUGAAGUUGAAUGCGAUCCAGGAACCUACCAGUGCUCUGGCACCACUGGCUGGGAAGUCUGCAGCACUAGCGGUGUCUGGGUGGACGCUGGUGACUGCCCUCCCGGAACCGUCUGCAAGUUUUUCAAGAGGAGCAAGAGCCCUUAUUGCGUCCCACCCGGUUUCAAGAUCUACUAG